AUGGCAUCUAAACCUGAAUCUCUGUAUGGGUUUACUCCCGUUGCAGUCUCAGCACCUGUUCUAUUGUCCUCUGCUGUGCCUCCCUCUGCAGCGCCCUUCAUUCCAGUUUCAGAUACCCCUAUUCCAGACACAGCACUCUCCCGGCGUAUAAACGAUUACGCGCAGUCUCAUCUCCCAUUACCCACCUACAAUCAUUCACUCCGUGUUUAUCAUUAUGGACUAGCGAUAAAAAAGUACCUCUUUCCUUCCUGGGAAUUCACAGAUGAGACCUACUUCCUCGCGUGUCUCUUGCAUGAUAUUGGCUCGACGGAAGAGAAUUUGACCAAAACAAAACUGAGCUUUGAAUUCUAUGGAGGUUUAUUGGCCUUGAAUAUUCUGCAAGAGUCGUCGGAUUCAUCAGCGCCGGAUGCGGCUGCCCCUCGAGAUCAGGCCGAGAGUGUUGCUGAAGCAAUUAUUCGACAUCAAGACUUUCGUGAUACGGGGAAAAUCACAGCCAUCGGGCAAUUGCUGCAGCUAGCCACUGUUUUUGGAUUAGACAAUACCGGCGGUCAUGCUGAAAGUGUUCAUUCAUCAACCAUUGAAAAUGUCUGUCAACACCUUCCACGCCAGAAUUGGAGCCGCUGCUUUGCUGCUACUAUUCGUAGAGAGACCGAAUUGAAGCCUUGGUCACAUACUACGGUUCUGGGCGAGCAGGCUCCACUCAGGGUGCUUGGGAACAAGUUAAUGGCGCCCUAUGAAUAG